AAACCCAAGCGUCUGUGAUUUGUCCAUCAUCAUAAUCGCUGAGAAAAGUAACAGGCGUCACGUGACGCAGCAGCUGCACGAGUUUCUAGUCUCUGCGUUUGAAGCGGCUCGUCGUCGAUUAUUUAUGUUUCUCCGUGAUUUAAGCGUCUGCUGGACGUCUCUUCUGGCUUUGACCCUCGUCAUAUUGUCUGCAAUGUCUUCAGAAGCCGGUGACAAAUAUGUGUCUGUAGAUUUCGAGGUGUUCGGGAAUGUUCAGGGUGUUUGCUUCAGAAUGUAUACUGAAGCAGAAGGAAAGAAACUGGGAGUGACGGGCUGGGUGAAAAACACUAGACAGGGCACUGUGGUUGGGCAAGUGCAGGGACCUCCGGAAAAAGUCAAGGAAAUGUGAGUGUGAAGUUUUCUGUGGUCUGUCAUGCGCAGUGCGUGUUUUGAGCAGCAGAUGGCGCCAGCGCUUCAGUGUUAACCUCAUGGAAGAGUCUAGAAAGGCUCUUUGUCACAGUGAGGGUGUGAAAUGGAAACUCACACACUUGUGCUUGAGAGCUUUGUGCUGCAGCCUAUAAUCACCAGAUGGAGACGCAGGAACUGAACAGCUCCACUGGAGCACAUUUAACACUCAAGCUUUCACUCAGUCUUUAAAGUGUCUGUUGUGUGUGUAUGUUUGUGCAUUUGAAUGUGUUGUGUGCAUGUGUG